GAGGACAGGAGCGGUCUGGAGACACCUUUAGCACUGUGACCCAUCAACAAACCCAAAGCUCUGCCCAGGACUAGAACCUUGAUACUCAAUGGGCAGCCUUUCCCUUCCUCUUUUGCUGGCUUCUUGCCUGAGCUGCCUUAUGCUGAAUGCCUCCAGCCAGACGGCCAACAGCUUCAGGGACAGCACCAUCCCCUUUGAGGUCCUGGACCAAGAUAAAGCAGCAUAUGGCCUUCUCCAGCCCGGCGUCUUCCCAGGCCCCGGAACCACCUCCAACCAAUCGGAAGGUGCCGUCCCGCAGGCCCCGAAGAUGUCGGUCAUGUGCACGAAGCGGACGGAAAUCCGGCAGGCCUUUAAGUACAUCAACACGUUCGUCUCUUGCACAAUCUUCAUCGUAGGCAUUAUCGGCAACUCCACCCUGCUGAGGAUCAUCUACAAGAACAAAUGCAUGAGGAAUGGGCCCAACGUCCUCAUCGCCAGUCUGGCUCUGGGGGACCUGCUGUACAUCCUCAUCGCUUUGCCCAUCAAUGUGUAUAAGCUGCUUGCAGAAGACUGGCCAUUUGGUGUGCAGGUGUGCAAGCUGGUGCCAUUCAUUCAGAAGGCCUCCGUCGGCAUCACAGUCCUGAGUCUCUGCGCUCUUAGCAUAGACAGGUACCGAGCAGUUGCUUCAUGGAGCCGCAUCCAAGGGAUGGGCAUCCCCCUGUGGAAGGCGGUCGAGGUGAUGCUCAUCUGGGUGGUCGCCAUCAUCCUGGCUGUUCCUGAAGCCAUCGCCUUUGACCUGGUGAAACUCAAUUACCACGAGCAGAUGCACUGGGUCUGCAUGUUGGCCCCCGAGCAGAUGCCUGGCUUCAUGACGUUCUACAAGGAUGUGAAAGACUGGUGGCUUUUUGGCUUCUACUUCUGCCUGCCGCUGGCCUGCACCGGCGUCUUCUAUUCCCUCAUGUCGUGCGAGAUGCUGUGCAGGAGGAACGGCAUGAGGAUCGCGCUCAACGACCACAUGAAGAGGCGUCGGGAAGUGGCCAAGACGGUGUUCUGUCUGGUGGUGAUCUUCGCCCUCUGCUGGCUACCUCUUCAUCUCAGCAGGAUCCUCAAGAAGACCAUCUAUAACCCAGAAGAUGCGGACAGAUGUGAGCUGCUUAGCUUCCUUCUGGUCAUGGACUACUUCGGUAUCAACAUGGCCUCACUCAACUCCUGCAUCAACCCUGUGGCUCUCUACUUCGUCAGCCGGAAAUUUAAGAACUGCUUCCAGUCAUGCCUUUGUUGCUGGUGCCAGAGAACAGCCCUUGGCAUGGUUCCGACAGACGACAAGGGCUCCGUUGGGAAGUGGAAAGCCAGCGGGCAGGGUCUGGGCCUCAACCGGAGUAGCUCCCGCCUGAGCAACAAGUACAGCUCAUCUUAGACACGUGGAUAAACGAGAAGCGGAGGCUUUGCCAGGACUCUGGAGACGGCCGUCCAUGGUUUCCUGGUGCUCUUCUUGAACUGCUCUGCUUUAUGCUCCUUUCCUUCUAUCUCCCAAGCCAACCAGCUCCAGAGGCAACCCUUCAAAGACUCUCUACUCAUCUGAUAUUCCUCUGCCUCUUAUUUUUCCUUUAAUCGAGCACCCCCACCCCCAAAUACCUCUUUCUCACCCACCCCCUCUAAACAGCAGAGCAUCCUAGAAGAACAGGCUGGCCGGAACAGGCCAAUGGUCCAUCUACCGACUAGAUUCAACUUCAUGCAACUU